AUGAAGACAGUGGCUUGUUUGGCAGUGCUUUUGAGCCUUCUUCUGGUGAAAGCUUUCGCUUCACCUUUAAUUGACAAUCGAAUUUUGGGCGGAUCAGACGCUGCUGCCGGGCAAUUUCCGUUCUCCGUGUCGCUCAGGACGCUCCUCAAUACCCACUUCUGCGGCGGAUGCAUACUCAAUGAGCGCUGGGUCCUCACAUCUGGCCACUGCAUGAUGGGUCGUGACCAAGAUGCGAUCAAUAUCGUGGCUGGAAGUCACCUCCGAACGUCUGGCGGUUUGGUUUUCCGCAGCUCUCGCAUCUUCACUCACCCCAAUUUCAACUUCAACCUCAUGGCAAACGAUGUGUCGCUGAUUCUCGUGACCACGCCGUUCUUCUGGACCAACAACAUUCAGCCCAUUUCCCUGGGCAACUCCGACGUGGCCGGCGGAGUCACAGCGACUCUGAUUGGUUGGGGAUGGACUUCGAAUCCCGGAAGUCUCUCCGAUGCUCUCCAGUGGCUGCCAACAGUGACCCUCACGCAGGAUGAGUGUCGUUCGCGACACGUACUCGCUCAGAGACCCUUCAUUCACGAGAACACUCUGUGCACAUCCAAUCCCUUCGGCCAGGGAAUGUGCAUGGCCGACACCGGAGGACCUGUAAUCAUCGGGAAUCACGUGGUGGGCGUGAAGAGUUGGAGUGUGCAGUGCGGUUUGGUGCCCGACAUUCACGCCCGCGUCUCCACACAUCACGAGUGGAUUGUGUCGCUCACAGAGGCGCCAAUUCACGAGCUUCCGUGAUUCCG